ACCCCUCAUCACCCACUCUAUGCUUUCUCGAACGGUCACCAUGGCCACCUCCAAAGCCGACUACUACCACCCCAUACACAUACCCUUUCCCCCGCACCAGAACUACGUCGUUCUAACCCCAUACUACCACUCCUCCAACCGUAAUCGCUUACGUAUAAUCUGCACCGGUUUGAUCAUCCUCCUAGCCGCCGUCGUUUACAUCUUCUGGCCCACCGACCCUGACGUCAAGAUCGUUAGGCUCCGCCUGAACAGGAUCCACGUCCACACUUUUCCCCGCGUAUCCGUGGACAUAUCCAUGUUCGUGACGGUGAAGGUCCGAAACACCGACGUUUACUCUAUGGACUACACGAUGAUUGACGUGGCAGUCGGGUACAGGGGAAAGAAGCUGGGUCACGUGAGGUCUGACCGGGGACACGUGAGGGCCAGAGGGUCGUCCUACGUGGAUGCCCAGCUGGAAUUCGACGGAGUGGAGCUCAUGUCCGACGCGAUGUAUCUGCUUAAGGACCUAGCCAAGGGUAGGGUGCCGUUCGAUACUCGAACGGAGAUUAAAGGCCAGCUCGGCCUGUUCUUCAUUCAAGUCCCACUGUCGGCAAAAGUAUCAUGUGAGGUGUUGGUAAAUACAAUCAAUCAGACAAUUGCUCGGCAGAAUUGUGUAGCUGAGUGAUGAAUUUGAUUGUCAUGCACGAGGUGCCGCACAGCAAGAAGGUUCAGAGGGUGUCUAAGCUCCCUAAAUUUGUUUACGUAUUGAAACAGGUUCGAGUAUAUGAACUUUGAAGCAUGGAUAGUCCAUGCUAAUAUUCUAUACACCACAUGCCUGGUUUCUGUAGUCAUAUGAUAUAAUUCUGUAAUGUUGGGUGGGCAUUGUGAAAUAUAUAUAUAUAUAUAUAUAUAUAUUAAUAUAUGGUGAUUGUAGGGGAAGUGGCUCAGGUGUAAAGAUAAUUAUUCUCUGAUAAUUUAUUACAGAGACAAUUAAAUAUUCCCUUUACCUACCA